GAUUAGGCUCAGCUCCCUUUCUUCCUAGCUUCUCGUCUCGUCGCCUCUUUCUACGCUUCAACCCCUUCAUGGCCCAAGCCGAUGCAGCUGGCAGUGCUGCUCAUCCUGCAGCUGUCACUGGCUCCUCCUCCUCCUCGGCUGGCUACGGUGUGGAAGGAGCUUCGUCGCACCCGCUUGAAAUUGCAAUAAAGUCGCCUGGCGGUGGGCAGGGACUCGCGACCCUGGCGCUGCACCCGCUGUGCCUGGACGACCUCGCGAGCUACCAUGAGCUACAUGCCGACCCUCGUGUGUGGGAGCAUCUUCCAUCUGGCCGGCACACUACACUGGACAGAUCGCGCCAGGAUCUGGAAGUGCUGGCGGCAGAGUGGGAGGCAGUGGGGCUGAGUUACUGGGCCGUAAGGGAUGCACAAGGCGGCCUGGCUGCCGUGGGCGGGGCCCGGCUGAUCGGGCAAGGCACGGUGUGGAACCUGUACUACCGCGUUGCGCCAAGGUACUGGGGCUGCGGCAUCGCGGCGAAAGUGGCGCACAGAGCAGUCGAAGCAGCACGGCGCCUGCAGCCCCAUCUGCCCAUCGUCGCCUAUCUGCUCGAGCACAACACCGCGAGCAAGCGCAUUGCCGAGCAGGCGCUUGCCACGCCGGUGCGAUGGCGGGGGCCAGAUGCCGGCAAUGACGACCCCCACGCCGUCCGGUUGGUCUAUUCAGAUCGGCCCUUGGACGAUGCUGCCCUUCGUGUGGUGACCUCGUGAUGGUCAAUCCAUACUUUUACUCUUCUUUUCAUCAACAUGGCACCGGCAAACAGAUCUGUCUUUGCGAGCUGUGGGUCCUGGCGCAUUGAAGACUAAGAAACUACCGCAAUACGCUGCUGAGACCAAGAGGGUACAACAACAAAACUGUCUCUAGAACUUCUCUUGUGCCGGGCGCAGGUCGAGCUCGUGCGUCCACAGCGCCGGGCUCUGCUCCAUGAGAUGGAGAUACUCUGCGCCCACUGCAGUGGCGCUCAUGCGCGCCCCCGUGCGCGUCUCCUCGGAGUCCUCAUCACGGAUGGGACCAUUGGCGACAGCGUGCACCGCGUGGAUGCCGUACUUUGACGUCUCCUUGGCCAGGGCCUGCACCACGCUGC